UUAGGGUUGUAGCGCAACAACAGCAAGAUCUCAAAAGCCAUGAAGCUUACUUCUCUCUUUCUUUUCCUUCUCCUCCUCGUUCCGUUCUUAGCUUCAUGCGAUGAAAAACAGGUGUACAUAGUCUAUUUUGGAGAACAUAGAGGUGACAAAGCAUUGCAUGAAAUUGAAGCUCAUCAUCAUUCUUAUCUCCUCUCGGUUAAAGACUCGGAAGAAGAGGCGAAAUCUUCUCUUUUGUACAGCUACAAGCAUAGCAUCAAUGGCUUUGCCGCCAAGUUAACCGCGGAAGAGGCAUCUAGGCUCAAAAAAUUGGAAGAAGUGGUAUCCGUAUUCAAGAGCCAUCCGAGAAAAUACGAGCCGCAUACGACAAGGUCGUGGCGCUUUGUAGGGUUGGAAGAAGAUGAUAUACGGCUGAACAGAAACGAUGUUAAUGAUCGGUUUAGGAUUGGAAGAAAGUUUUUGAAGAAGGCCAAGUACGGGGAUGGGAUCAUCGUCGGUGUUCUUGAUAGUGGUGUGUGGCCAGAAUCAAAGAGCUUCCGUGACAAAGGGAUUGGACCCAUUCCGAAAUCAUGGAAAGGAAUCUGCCAAAACGGGACUGCUUUUGACUCUUCCCACUGCAACAGAUAUUACGUAAAAGGGUACUUGAACAACUACGGAUCCUUCAACGUGACGGCGAACAAAGACUUCCUCUCGCCGCGUGACCCCGAUGGCCACGGGUCCCACACGCCUCCACGGCGGUCGGGGGGCCAGGCCUCCACGGCGGUCGGGCGGCGAGUCUCCAGAGCCGCCGCCAUAGGAGGUUUCGCCGGCGGCACUGCCUCCGGUGGAGCCCAGAGGGCACGACUCGCCGUCUACAAGGCGUGUUGGGCGAAGCCCGACGCGGAGAAAGUGGACGGCAACGUUUGUUUCGAAGAGGACAUGCUGGCGGCGAUCGACGAUGCGAUCGCCGACGGCGUUCACGUUAUCAGCGUUUCGAUCGGAUCCAUCGACCCGUUGCCGUAUUCGGAGGACGGAAUAGCGAUCGGGGCUUUACACGCGGUUCGUAGGAACAUCGUGGUCGCUGCCAGUGCCGGAAAUUACGGGCCGAAGCCGGGGACGUUGUCGAAUCCUGCGCCGUGGAUUAUUACCGUGGGGGCUAGCGGCCUCGACCGGAGUUUUGUCGGCGGGCUUGUUCUUGGAAACGGCUUUACCAUCAAGACGGAGUCGAUUACGUCAUACAAGAUGGACAACUUUGCGCCGCUGGUCUAUGCUGCUGACGUGGUCAUUCCUGGCGUCGUAGCGGCUAACGAUACAUCACAAUGUUUACCAAACUCACUAUCACCGGAGCUUGUGAAGGGCAAAGUGGUAAUGUGUAUGAGAGGAACCGGUUCAAGAGUUGGUAAGAGUCUUGAGGUGAAACGAGCCGGUGGAGCCGGUUUGAUCCUCGGAAACUCUCCAGCCAACGGCGACGACAUUCCCGUCGACGCCCACUUCAUUCCGGCAGCCGGAGUCAUUCCUUCCGUCGUCGACAAGAUCCUACAUUACAUCAAAACCGACAAAAACCCGGUCGCUUUCAUCAAACCGGGAAAAACGGUUUACCGGUCCAAACCGGCUCCAUUCGUGACUGGUUUCUCUAGCCGCGGUCCCAACGUCAUAGAUCCCAAUAUCCUCAAGCCGGAUAUAUCGGCUCCAGGACUGAACAUAUUGGCGGCAUGGAGCGGAGCUGAUUCUCCGACCAAAAUAUCGGCGGACCGGCGCACAGUUGAGUUCAAUCUAUUCUCAGGAACAUCCAUGUCUUGUCCUCAUGUUUCUGGGGCAAUUGCUCUCAUCAAAGCCAUACAUCCCAGCUGGAGCAGUGCCGCUAUCAGAUCUGCCAUCAUGACCACUGCCUGGAUGACUAACGAUGAGAAAAAACCGAUCCAAGACAUUAACGGUUUACCUGCGAACCCGUUUGCAAUCGGUUCAGGGCAUUUCAGACCAACCAAAGCAGCGGAUCCCGGAUUAGUCUACGAUGCGUCAUACAAGGAGUACCUUCUCUACUGCUGUUCUGUCAGCUUAACCGACGUUGACCCAGAAUUCAAAUGCCCCAAGAAACCUCCUCCUGGUUAUAACCUGAAUUACCCGUCAAUCUCAAUCCCGAAUCUCAACAGAACAGUAAAGAUACAGAGAAGAGUUACAAACGUUGGAUCCAGUAAUGGAACGAGUACUUACUUCUUCAGUGCGAAACCUCCGUUAGGUGUCUCGGUUACGGCUAAACCGAACAUACUGACAUUCAGUAGGGCUGGCCAGAAGAAGCGGUUUACCAUAACCGUUAAGCCACGGACGGAACAACUGAGAGGUAAGGUUCAGAAGGGUCAGUACAUCUUUGGACGGUAUACUUGGACGGACAGCUACCACGUUGUUAGAAGUCCCAUUGCUGUCUCCUUAGCUUAGAUGUUUUCAAGAACCUUUAGUGUUUCGAUUUCGUCGGGUUGCUUCUCUUAUUCGGGUCAAAGUGAAAGAAGUAGAAUCACUUUCUUUUCCCAAAGAAAUCAAAGAUUGUUGUUUGAGAUA